AUGCACAUACGUGCAUGCUGCUCCCUGCCUGCCCGCCCUGGGGAAGUCUCCGCCGCCAGGGGAACCACGGGCGCGCUUAUUACAGGGAUUACGUCAGUGCCUGUCGUGACACAUCCUUUUUCGCCUACCAACGCUGGGCCGGUCAUGGUACCCGCUAAACGAACUAACUUCGUGAUCAAAUACGAGGGUCGCCGUACCUCAAGCUUUGGUGCUCGCAAGCUCUCACCUCACGGGCCUAUGCACAUUGUCCGGGGGCAACAAAGCCUCCACAUCCUCCUCUGUAUUUCGUCGUCGAUUCUCCCAGCGGUCACGGCGUCGAGAGUUAGUGCACUAUCCCAACUAGUACAUCGCAGAACAUGGUACCCUUAUCCUUCCGCUCCACCGCAAGGCAAAACCGCCAACACGCGUUGGUUCACAUCUCGAGCCCCUGUACCUGCCUCCCCAGCCCAAGCGAUCGUCGGCCUUCGUCUCGGGACCAAGCUUUCUCCGUUAUCACCCUCGGGGUGGUAUCACGAUCAGCUACCUGAGAUGUUGAGUCGUGGGGAGUUGCCAUGGACGCAUAGCCUUCGCGCCGCCAACGUCCGUGAAAGAGGGAGAAGGGCUAACGCUGAAGCUCCCGACUCACUAUCUCAAGGUGAUAGAUGCCGCCUCAUCAAUUACCUGCUCAAUUCGCCCAAAGCACAUCAGACCGCUCCUCCAAACCCCGUUCAUCUGCUUUCGGAAGGUCCUUCACUACCUGCUCGUCUUCAAGGGAGUCAGGAUUCCUUCCGAAUCAUCCUUCUCAAGAUCAGCGGGUGUCAUAUAUCAACCCAACAAGGCUUCUUGAGCGGCGAUCAGCGAGGAGGUCCGCAUCGAAUGGGUAAACCUCUCGGUCACUCUGAACGAGAAGCUUUCCCUCCUCGGACUACCGCGAGCACGUCAAUUGCAAUCCUAUUAAUCAACAAUAGUGGAGUACGCACCUGGCUCGAGCCGCUCGACAGCAUGGGGCACCUACGUGUGAGCAUCCCGUUUGUCCGCUUGCCCUCGCUCAACGAAGAUGAAGACGAGCAGCUAACGACGCCUCUGUCCUCGCGGCCGCCAUACGGCAAGAUGUGGCAUUUGCGACGCAACUUGAACCGCUCAACUUGCGCUUGGUUGACUGAGCAAUGCCGUGUUUCCCUGGAGAUAGGGCAAGAGCUCGUGGAUGGUCAUAGGCGGUAUCGGCUCGUUGUCCCAGGUCGGAGGAUCGUUGUGCCAGUCGACGCAGUGAACGUAGUACUCGUUCUCGCCCAGCGGUUUCUUGUAGUAGUAUUGUUUGUUGAACGUAAAGAACUCGAUGAAGUCUUCGUGCUCUGCCUCUUCAGGUGCCGGUCUAGUGUACGGCUACGGUCCGGCUCUACUGCCAUUCUGGAGUCGAGCGGCUGUGCGGAGGGUGAAAAUCCGUCCCGCGCUGCCUCGGCGUAUUCGGAUCCUCCGUCGUGGGCCGCCGCCUCGCUCGUCUUCGUCCGCGUCCCCGACUGCGCUGCGAGGCUGAGCGGUGUCAUCGCGGUAAGCAGCGCGCCCUUUCCUCCCUUUCGUGCGUCCGUUACCAACGUGUCAAAUGCACCCCCGUGGACACACCGAGCAGCGGCGAUCGACACCACCCCCCUUGGUCCCGCCGCGCAGCGCGGGCGGACGACGGCAGUUCUGUCCGGAUCCACGGAGCAUGAACUGAUGGACCGAUUGGCCCAGCACCGGCCUGUCAACCACCAGAGUAGAUUGACGAACGCGCGGGCGUCCUCGUCUGCUACGCGCUUGGUGAGGACGUCGCGGCGAAUGAGGAUGGUCCGGCGCGCCGAUUCUGCGCACACGGGCGGCACUCCGGGCUCCGGAGCGCUUGUUGUCGGUCGCUGGGACUGUUGCGUCGCCCGGGACGUCCAGGCUGCUGGGCGUGCAGCCAUCUUCUCCAUCCCUUACCAGGACCGCUUCCGACUUUGCUGCACACUCGUGGGCCCAGAAGAAGAAAAGAAGAAGGGGUGGAAAGCUGCGUAUGAAGAGCGAUUUUGUGGACAGGAGGCUGCUCGAGAAGAGGAUGAGCUCAACUACGGCGCGUUGCAGCAUCCGCCCCGGCCCUCUGCGACGGAUGGUAGUCCGUAUCCACCAGGGUUGGCAUCACGGAAGGCACCGCCUUCUGCCAGAGCAAGCCCAUAG